UUGAGUUGAAUGAAAGGCAGAUUCAACCAACCCACGUGGAAUCGGAUCCGGUCAUUUAUCACCACCAUUAGGUCCCACUAUUAUAUAUCACUCACUGGGUUUCAGCAGAGCCACCAGAAACAUAGUACAAAAGAUUUACAGAAACAAACAAUAAUUGACUUAACACUUCUGGAUUUCUCUCUUUGUAAUUCAGCUCACACGGUUGUAACUUGAAGUGGGUAAUUGGGUGAGUGAGUGAGAUGGAAACUUUGACAAGUUCUGCUUCGAAGAUAAUCUUUGGCAAGUACAGACACGGAUGUUUCUUUUCUUCUAAAGAGUUGUAUGUUAAUAGACCCCAGCUUAUGUUUUUACCUUCCAAGAGACAUGUUAAUGGCCGGUUCUUGCAACUCGUAUCUCUCAAAGACAAGACUGUGCAGGCAAUCUCUUGUAUCGAGGCUGAUUCUCAGGGAGAACUGGAGAAUGCGGCCAGGAAUAUACGUAUCAAUCAAAUACUGUUCAUGUCAAAUUCCAGAUACAGAAAAAAUGCCGAUUUGGCGAGGGAUUUUUCAUUGUAGGAGAUGACCCUAUAUUUGGCUUAUGGAACCCUGAAAGUGCAAUACCAAUGGACUGGUCAGAUGAACAUGUUUGGAGUGUGGAGCUGGAUAUACCUGUGGGAAAAUCAAUCCAAUUCAAGUUCAUACUGAAAAAAGCCACCGGUGGCAUUCUGUGGCAACCAGGCCCUGAUCGGACCAUUCAAACUUGGGAAACUAAGAAUACAAUCACCAUUAUGGAAGACUGGAACGAUGCUGGAUAUCAGAAAAUAAUUGAGGAAGAACCAAUGGCUAGUCAAAAUGGAAAACCUGCUGUCCAAUCAGAACUUAUACUUCCAGAUGACGUCAUUCAGCCAAAAAAGGAACUGGUCUUUGGCAUAGGCGAUGCUGAAUAUCAGAAAAUAAUUGAGGAAGAACCAAUGGCUAGUCAAAAUGGAAAACCUGCUGUCCAAUCAGAACUUAUACUUCCAGAUGAGUUUAUUCAGCCAAAAAAGGAACUGGUCGUUGGCAUAGGCGACCCAUCUGAUGCAGUUGAUAGUGAUUUGGAUUGGUUAUCGACACCAGAGAAGCCUAUCGAGGAAACACCUGUGACUGACGAGAGUAUGGUGAUGGCAAAAGAUAUUAGGAGAGCUGCGACAGUCGUCGAGAAGCCAGAAAGCUCAGACGAUGAGGAAAAUCUAAUCUCCUAUGAAGGAGAACCUGUUUUAGUACAUGGCUUGACUCCAUUAGAAACAGUGUCAACUGAAGGAGACAUUCAAAAUGAAAAUCAGUCGAGUGUUCCUGUUGAUGCUUCGCUUGGAAUGAAUGAAGCUAAGAACCAUAGUUUGCCUGAGUCAGAUGAGAAGCAAGAACCUGAGAGUGAUUCACACCAGGUGAAAGAGGAACAGGAGUCUAGCAUGACGCCAUUGGAAAGUAAUUCUUUGCAAAAUGACAUCAAACAGCUUAAUGAUCGUCAUUCAGCCAAACAAGAACAGGAGUACAACGUAACGCCAUUGGAAAGUAAUGUUUUGCAAAAUGACAUCCAAUGGGGUCGUAGAACACUACAUAUGCUUCUAAAUGGUUUAGGAUUGCUGUAACAUCAUAUAACAGAACGGAGAUGAAAGAUUGGUUAUAUUAGUUAAUACCUGUAACUGUGCUACUCGGUCUCCUAAUUUUUGUGACCUGGAAUAUACAGUAUAAGAGUGUGAAAGGCUGUUGUAUUGUAUGUACAUAUCAACUUCAUUUCCUUUACCUAUAAUUGUUGUACGCUAUUAUUUUGAGAAUGCCCAGGAUUUGUAUUCUGUUAAUUAAUAAUGAAAGUAUAGCAGAGUUAUUUUUGUGUGCA